AUGGUCCUAUGGAAUUUUAUAUUUCUCGGGUCUCCCGUCGUCUUCACUAUCCAGUGGCUAGCGGCAGGCGCCCGCAUAACCAUCAGUGGCCCCUAUGAUCCCGAUUUGCCUGGUCACAGUGAUAAACAUAAAGAGAACGGCUCACGCGGCUAUGGCUGCCAGACCCGCGAGAGCGAGAUAAUUUCACCUAUAAACCCGGACAGGUCCGGAGGGGAUGACGGCACGCUGUGGACUGGAGAAAACUGUGUUCAACAUCAAGCGGCGUCCCCACCAGGGCGUCGAAUGGACUCGAUGGACUCGACACGACCGCCUACACAGGGCAGCAAUCGAAUCGGGAACAAAUUUGCAUUCGUCAUGAUCGUGGGGGGGGAAGGGGGGCGAGUAGAGGUAAAGCAUUCCUAUUCAGGGGACCAGUCCACUACGGCAAUGGAACAAAGCGUCCCCGCUGACGCUACGCUGGGGCUGAACCUGAUUGCACCCCCGCCAGGAAAUGAAACAUUUAACUCCUACCCUUCUCAACAGCUAUUUUUCAACGGCAUCUACAACGGCAUCGAGGAAUCCAAAUAG